AUGGCGACACUCUGUCAGUUCCAGUGCUUUCUUCCGCCGCUCCUUCCCCGUAAUCUCUUCUUCUUCACCAAGCAACAGCAAUUUCUGCUGCAAUGCGAUGGCCUCACCUGGAGUAUCCAUGACCACCGCCACAACCUCCACCACCUCUCUUCUCGCGAGCGUUCACUGGUUUGCGCUUGCUCCGUUGGAACGACCAGAAAGAAGGCAAAGAGCAAUGAUGAGCUUCGUAACGAGAUCCGGGAGUUCUUGUGUGCUGCUGGGCUCCCAGAAGACCACGUUCCCUCCACAAAGGAGCUUACGGAGAAUGGGAGAAGUGACCUUGCCAAUGUUGUAAGACGUAGAGGAUAUAAGCGGAUAAGAGAGCUUCUUGUUAAUUCGCCCUCACUAGAGGUUGAGGAGUCCUCAGAAGAUCUUGAUGUGGACAAUCCUAGUUCGACACCGAUGGAUUUGAUGGCUAAUGAAUCAUUCGAGGAGAAGGUGGCGAAGUUUAUUCAUACUGGAGAUUUAGGUGCUAUUGAAGAUGCAGUUUCCAGCCCCAGUAAUGCUUUUAGUGAAAAUGUACCCACAACAGUUACUCCUCAGCUCGCUGUUAAGCAAGCUUUCAGGAGUGAUGAUCCAUCUGCUAAAUCUCAAACCCUCUCUGAUCUUGAGAAAGACUUCGUUGUUGAGACCGACAGAAGGGAGCAACAGAUUGAGAUAAAGGAUAUUGAAUUAGUGACGUUUACUUUGUUUGAUCUGCAAAGGAAGGCUGAAACGGAGAUUACAAAGGCCCGAAACCUUCCGGCAGAGAAAGAUGCAGAAUUGUCUGCUGCUGAAGAAAGUUUGAAAGGCCUUGUACAGGUUACAAUCCAGUACCAUGGUGAUGGUCAAAGUGUGGAGGUUUUAGGUAGCUUCAAUGGUUGGCAUCACAAAAUUGUUAUGGAUCCCAAGCCAUCUUCAGAUGAAGACAUCACGGAGUCAAGCAAUGUUAAGACGGAUACUGAGCCAUCUUCAGAUGAAAAUAUUGCAGAGUCAAGCUACUCAUCGCCCAUCGUGCAGCAGUCUUUGGAGUUUGGAGUAUCCUUCUCCUCGGUUUUCUUUCUUUUUCCUCCUGUAUCCUAUCUCUCUGUAUCAAUGGCUUCUGUCAGUGCUGCUCUGGCCCAUUCUACCGCUCUGUCACUGAACCGUCCCUCUUCUUCAUUCCCCAAUAGCUCUACUUCUACAACUCUCUUCGUCAUCCCAUCCCUCUCAUUUCACAGCGCAGUGUCUUCCUCGGUUAAUGGCAGCCGACCCAUUUCCUGUUUGGCUGCGAAGAAGUGUUGCUCUGUUGAGCAAAAAGUGGUUGUAGAAGAGGAGGAGGAAGAAGAAGAGGGCGGAGGAGAGACAUUGCUCUACUCUGUAUCUCCCCUGCCUCUCCUCUUUUUAGCUGCAUUGCCAGGAGCUGGGGCAGUGAGGUCUGUGUUCGGACCUUUCGUGGAGAUUGUGCAGUCGUUGAAUCUCCCUGGCUGGCUUGUCCAUUGGGGUCACCCUGGCAAUAUGGCUGUGGUGCUGUUUGCAAUGGGCGGGUAUGGGACGUUCCUCGGCUUCCGGAUUCGAUACUCUGACGAUGUGGAGGAGAAGGCGAAAGCCAAAGACUUGCAUCCAAAGUUGCUAGCAGGGAUGUUCUUCUUUUUUGCACUUGGUGCCACCGGUGGAGUUACUUCUUUGCUCACUUCUGACAGACCCAUCUUGGAGAGUCCCCAUGCUGUGACAGGAAUCAUUGGGCUGGCUCUGUUGACACUGCAAACAGUUUUGCCUUCACUCUUUGAGGGAAAUCCAGGGUUGAGGAAUGUACAUGGGAUAUUGGGGAGUGGGAUAAUGACCCUUUUCCUCAUCCACGCUGCUCUUGGCCUCCAGCUUGGUCUCAGCUACUGA